GGACAGCGAUGCUCAGCUGGCUGCGGCCGAGUCACCGCCUAGCGCUGGCAGGGCCGCGGACCGACCGACGGAGGCGCCGAUCGGCCGAUUGUCCACUGCGCAGAAGGAGCAGCCGCUCCGCGCCCUGCCGCGCGGCGCUGAGGCCGAGGUCCGCAGGGCCGCGGGGAAGCCGACGGCUGCGCGGGGAACCGUGCAGGUGUCACUCGGGACGCGGAAGUGUGCUUGCCGUGGUUUGCUUUACAAUACGCUUGAGACUCCCCGACAAGCGUAAUUUGGUCGAGUUCGACGGGAAAGUACCCUCCCCACCCCAGCGCCGGCCGCGUAGUCCGAGGUUACUGUCCCCGGCGCGUCCUCUGUUGCCCCAGUCCAGAGGCUGCCCUUGAACCCGGGCGCGCACGAGCGCAGGGCAUCCGAGGCGACAGCCCCUGGCACGGCCCGACCUGCACCCAGCCUGGCAGGAAGACUGUAAUCGUGGGAGUACAGCUACCUACCCAGGCAAUAUGAAGAUUUUAUUUGUAGAACCUGCCAUUUUCCUUAGUGCAUUUGCUAUGACUUUGACCAGUCCACUGACAACGCAAUAUAUUUAUCGGCGAAUAUGGGAAGAAACUGGCAACUACACUUUUUCAUCUGAUAGCAAUAUUUCUGAGUGUGAAAAAAACAAAAGCAGCCCAAUUUUUGCAUUCCAGGAGGAAGUUCAGAAAAAAGUGUCACGUUUUAAUCUGCAGAUGGACAUAAGUGGAUUAAUUCCUGGUCUAGUGUCUACAUUCAUACUUUUAUCUAUUAGUGAUCACUAUGGACGAAAAUUCCCUAUGAUUUUGUCUUCCGUUGGUGCUCUUGCAACCAGCGUUUGGCUCUGUUUGCUUUGCUAUUUUGCCUUUCCAUUCCAGCUUUUGAUUGCAUCUACCUUCAUUGGUGCAUUUUGUGGCAAUUAUACCACAUUUUGGGGAGCUUGCUUUGCCUAUAUAGUUGAUCAGUGUAAAGAAGACAAACAAAAAACAAUUCGAAUAGCUAUCAUUGACUUUCUACUUGGACUUGUUACUGGACUAACAGGACUGUCAUCUGGCUAUUUUAUUAGAGAGCUAGGUUUUGGGUGGUCGUUUCUAAUUAUUGCUGCGUCUCUUGCUGUUAAUUUGAUGUAUAUUUUAUUUUUUCUCGGAGAUCCAGUGAAAGAGCGUUCAUCUCAGAAUGUUACUAUGUCAUGUAGUGAAGGCUUCAAAAACCUAUUUUACCGAACUUACAUGCUUUUUAAAAAUGCUUCUGGUAAGAGACGAUUUUUGCUCUGUUCGUUACUUUUUACAAUAAUCACUUAUUUUUUUGUGGUAACUGGCAUUGCCCCAAUUUUUAUCCUUUAUGAAUUGGAUUCACCACUCUGCUGGAAUGAAGUUUUUAUAGGUUAUGGAUCAGCUUUGGGUAGUGCCUCUUUUUUGACUAGUUUCCUAGGAAUAUGGCUUUUUUCUUAUUGUAUGGAAGAUAUUCAUAUGGCCCUCAUUGGGAUUUUUACCACGAUGACAGGAAUGGCUAUGACCGCGUUUGCCAGUACAACACUGAUGAUGCUUUUAGCCAGGGUGCCGUUCCUUUUCAUUAUUGUGCCAUUCUCUGUUCUACGGUCCAUGUUGUCAAAAGUGGUUCGUUCGACUGAACAAGGUACCCUGUUUGCUUGUAUUGCUUUCUUAGAAACACUUGGAGGAGUCACUGCAGCUUCUACUUUUAAUGGAAUUUACUCAGCCACUGUUGCUUGGUACCCUGGCUUCACUUUCCUGCUGUCUGCUGGUCUGUUACUACUUCCAGCCAUCAGUCUAUGUGUUGUCAAGUGUACCAGCUGGAAUGAGGGAAGCUAUGAACUUCUUAUACAAGAAGAAUCCAGUGAAGAUGCUUCAGACAGAGCCUGUUAAGCUGCUAUUGAUAGUCGGAGCUUUUAUAUACUGUGACUUCUGAAGACUAUACACGAAUUCCACAGUCAGUGCUUCGUUGAUACAAAAUCCUUAAAAGGGAGGCACUUUAAAGAAUAUGUAUUUUUCACUUUUCUUAAUAUGUGUUAUCAGUGACAGGCAUGAUAAUAUUUCUAUAUGUAAUGGGUAAUUGGGAAAAAAUAGAUUAUAAAUAAAAUUGCUCUAAAGAAGUUAAAAAACUGAGUGAACAGCUAAUACUGGUAUAAAGUAUCUAAUGUUUGGAGCCAACAUUUGUUCCUUGUGUCAGUAAAAGGAUAUUCACAUUCCAUGAUCCCUGGCUGAGAAUUCUGCCUCUAGUCUUUCUUACCCAGCUGUUGUCUAUCCUUGUUCAAUUAUAAAUACUGAUAAGGGCAUGUUUAAAAUACAGAUCUUGUAUUCCUUAAAUUUGAAUCCAUCAGCGCUGUCACUCACAGGAAAAUGAUCAAACAAGCAAGCCAGUCAUGAUUUGACCCCUUCCCAUCUCAUUUCUUACUGCCUUACACUCAUCCUGAGGUCCGCCUUGGUCUCUAAAAACACCAUGUGCUCUCAUGCCUCCAUGUCUUUUCACACACUGUUCCAUUUGCUCUUCCUCCGACAUUACAUUGAAACUUUCAAGCCUCAGCCAAAACAUUGCUGCUUCUGCAUAGCAGCCUUCUUGACAUCCCUCCUUACUCCCCAGUCCCUCCAGGGCUUCCAUAGCUCUUUGUGUGUACUUCGAUCCCAGCAUUUUCCAUCGAUUUGUAAUGGUUUCUGCUACCUGACAAUCAUCGCCUUGAGUACUCGGACAACCUUUGCUUACUCAUUAUAUCCUCAAUAAAUAUUUGUUGAACUAAAC